AUGCGCCAAUCCGAGCGCACAGCCAUCAACCGCGAACUCAUCAAGCAGCUUUCAACUGCGCAACAGAUGUGUCGGCGCCUGGUUGAUCUCGAAGCCAAAGCCAUGCAGGCCCAACUCGAGGGUGAAAACUUGCGUCAAGCUCUUCACGAUUGCGAACAGCUCGUCGUGCAGCUUCGGACCGACAUUCACACGCUCACUCAAUCUCGUGAACAACUUGAAGCCAUGUAUCAAGAAAAAUGCGUACGUGCAGCAGAUCUUGAAGACCUGCUGCGCGACCGGCAUGCCGCUGAAACAGCAGCCAAAAAUGAGUUGAGUGAAACACGCUCGGAACUCGAGAGCGAGCGGGCCGCACGUCGGGCUGCUGAAGCCGCCAUGGUGCGCAUGCAGACUGAUCAUGCAGCCGCGAUCGCUCGCUUACGAGCUCCCACGGAGGCUGUGGCUGCACGCGCUGAGGAACAGCGUGAUGCCAUGUCUCAGGACAUGGCCGCCACGACUGCUGCCACCGAACAAACCAUGAGCGAGCUGCUUCACGAGCUGGCUGAAAAGGAUGCCGCCCUGGUGGAAUUGACGCAGCAGUUGCAUGCGCGACACCAUCAGCCACGCGACACCGCACGCCAGGUGCGCAAGGUCGAGAACGCGCGCAUCGGCCUGCGCACGUGCCGGAUUCUGCAGCUCGGUCUUCGCCAGCAAUCAACAUUCGCCACGCGUCAGCUUCAGGAGUGA